AUGGAGGAUAAGAAUUAUAAAGUAUUAUUGAUUGGAGAUAGUGAUGUUGGAAAGACAUCAAUUGUAAAGAGAUUCUCUGAUGACACAUUCGAUGAUGAUAUCUUAUGUACUAUAGGUGUGGAGUUUAAGAUGAAGUCGGUAGAGGUCGAGGGCAAGACAGUCACUCUAUGUAUAUGGGAUACAGCUGGUCAGGAGAAGUUUAGAGCAUUGAUUAGUUCAUACUAUCGUGGUGCACAUGGUAUAAUAUUGACAUACGAUGUAACAAAGAGAGAAUCAUUCAAGAAUCUACAGUAUUGGUUGAAUGAGGUUGAGACAUUCGCCACAAGACCAAAUGUUGUAAAGUUAUUGGUUGGAAACAAGAUUGAUAAGGAGAACAGAGAGGUAUCACGUGAGGAAGGUUUGGAGUUUGCCAAGAGCAAGGCGAUGUUCUUCAUAGAGUGCAGUGCCAAGACCAAGAUUGGCAUCCAACAGGCUUUCGAAGAGUUGGCUCACAAGAUACUCGAGACACCAUCACUCACCGAUGACAAUGAUAACAAACGUGGAAAGGUCAAGACAGUAUCAUCAGAUGAGGAGUCUCAACAGCAAGGAGGUGCAUGUGGAUGCUAG